AUGUCAUGUCAACAACAACGACAAAAUAGGGGCGCCCGGGAUUUUCCCUUCACCUCACAGCACGUCGUCACAGUUGGUCACUGUAAAUGGCCAGCAUGUGGCAGAGUCAUGUCCUGCAGGGACGUCCACAGCAUAAUCCCUGGAAACUGUGGACGUGUUAUUUUACAUGGCAAAGGGAUUUCAGGUCCCAGAGUUUCACAGAGUUUUUGGACCCAUUCCAGAGAGUCAUCCAGCCAGAAGAGAUCUGGCUCUACAAAAAUCCUUUGGUGCAGUCCGACAACAUACCUACCCGCCUCAUGUUUGCAAUUUCUUUCCUCACACCCCUGGCUGUUAUUUGUGUGGUGAAAAUUAUCCGGCGAACAGACAAGACUGAAAUUAAGGAAGCCUUCUUAGCGGUGUCCUUGGCUCUUGCUCUGAAUGGAGUCUGCACAAACACUAUUAAGUUAAUAGUGGGAAGACCUCGCCCCGAUUUCUUUUACCGCUGCUUUCCAGAUGGAGUGAUGAACUCGGAAAUGCACUGCACGGGUGACCCUGACCUGGUGUCCGAGGGCCGCAAAAGCUUCCCCAGCAUCCAUUCCUCCUUUGCCUUUUCUGGCCUUGGCUUCACGACGUUCUACUUGGCUGGCAAGCUGCACUGCUUCACCGAGAGUGGGCGGGGGAAGAGCUGGCGGCUCUGUGCUGCCAUCUUGCCCCUGUACUGCGCCAUGAUGAUUGCCCUGUCCCGUAUGUGUGACUACAAGCAUCACUGGCAAGCUCCACUCCAAACAGACAAGCCUGUUGUUUUAUUAAGUGAAGAAGAUGGAGGGCACAGGCCAGGGCAGGAAGAGGCCUGUGAAACAUUUAGCAGGACUUGUGCAGAAAUAAAGCCAGAUGGAUGGGUCCUGAGGCCGUACAUGGCUGAGAGUCUCCAUGUCUUUAUGAUAUGCCACCUUUCAGGUCAUGUGGAAGCUAUAGGGUUUCAUGGGUGAUGCUAACUGCCAAGCCCAGCACCCCAAAAAGAGGUUGACCUUUGUGAUUAGCCACGUGUUUUCAAGAGUUAAAACUUACUGAACUCCCCUGCUGAGAAAAACGUGUGGAGAAAAAUGUAGAGAAAGGACAGAGAUUCUUACUGAACUCACUUCUGCCUCAACUCAUAGGCUUGUGGGUUUAUGAUUUCUAGUCCGUGAGAAAUCACAGGAGUGGCAGGAAGGUAUUGUUUGCUAUAUGAGUGGACAUAAUCGUGAGCUCACUCUGCCCCUCAAAUUCCUGUAUCUGGAUCUAGGAUUUCCUCAUGCGACUCCUCAUUUGGGAGUAAUCUUCCAACUGACACUGUUUUCUAUAAUCAUAAUGUCAUUUAAGUGGCCCUGGGUGCUUGAGUGGUGUUUCACUCUAAGAAAGAGCAUCCCCUCUGAAUGUAAUACAGAAAAGUGGGUCUCAAGGGAGGAAACGGUCCUUCGUUCCCACCCAGCCCGAGGUUAGCAAGCAUCCGUGGCCAUCACAGAUGCCAUAUUUGGCCGGGCUGAAGUGUUCGGGAGCUGCCACUGCCUUCCCCAUGUUUCCCUGGCUGGGCUGUGAAGGGUUUGUGAUUUGAAAUGAAUUUUUGUGUAGUUACCAGACUUCAGGAGAUGAUCAGCCCUGCAGAUGAGGUGGUUGGGAAGAGCCAGGAAGAGGCUGCUACCCCUUCCCUGCUAAACACACACACACACACACACACACACAUACAGUUGAGGGAUAUACUCUGUUGACCAGGUGUUUCCCUGCUCUGUCAGAAGCAGUCUCUAG